AUGGACAUCUUGCCUCAUAAUGACCCUGAAUCGUCUUCUCUAGAAGAUUUAGAACCAUCACUCCUUGAAAACUUAGAUUCCAUAGAGCUUGAGAAACUUGAAAAUGAGGCAAUUAACAUUUGUUCACAACAUUAUAAUCGGAAUCUGUACCAAUUCUAUAUUAAUCAAGCUGAUAUUCAAGAUCAAAUUCAAGCAAAAUAUCAGGCUGAUACUUUAAGAGAUACUUAUGAAAAAUAUCCGCUUCAUUUAUAUGAUCGAAUUCAUGUUCAAGACAAUAUUUACAGAGAGAAUAUACAAAAAGAUAUAUUGUUUUUAGACACGAAAAAUACUUUCUAUAAUAGUAUCCACUCCGAUUUUUUUAAUAUUGAUAAACACGAUCGUAUAAACCAAUGGGACAAUAUGUAUCAACCGUCUAAUAUGAGCCCACGGGAUAAAUAUGAGAAAUUGGUAUCUUGGGAUAAACAGAUAUUGAAAGCCGAAGAGAUGCAAGUAGUCGAUGCAAAAGGAACGGUUUUGCAAGAUGAAAUAACAAAGUCUCAAUCAUAUAUUAGGAGCUUCCAGUUAGAACGAGAUGAGUUUAAAGUAGUGGCUCGAUCUAAGUCUAAAGAGCUUGUAAUGACUCAAACUUUAUUUGAUAAAAAACAACAAUUGUAUACGAGUCCUAUAGAAAAUCUCCAAAAACAAUACGUAUUUUCAUCGGAAAAACAUAUUGUUACUCAGAAAGAAAUGGAAGAUAACUUAAACCAAGUUCUUACCGAAAACCGUUUUCAAAAAAAAGGACUCCAAGAAGUGGAGGAAUUAAUUACGCAGUUUGAGUAUCCUAAAAAACAAGUGAAUUGUUCGUUUAAUAUGCCUUUUGAAUUUCCAACAAAAAAAGCUUUUGAAUCCGAAGAAAAGGUUAUAGAUAGUCCAGUAAAACGAAAACGAAGAUCAAAAAAAUAUGUUUCUUUAGACAAUACAGUCCAUGAAUAUGAAUAUGUCAUGGGAAAUUAUUAUUUAAAAAACAAUGAAAACUUAGAGUUACGAGUAAUAUCAAAAGCAAUAUUUCAACAAAUAAAUGAUAAUAAAAAACUUCAGUUUAUUGAGGAAUUAUUUGAUUAUCGUAUUGAUUAUAUUUUCAAAUAUAAUGAUAGCACAAUUUUUGAUAUACUUUCUUCUUAUACGUUACCUGGAUUUUCUGUAUCUGUUUCAUCAAUUGUCGUAAAGUUUAUUACUAGAUCUCUUACUACUUUAAAUCCUGUUUUAGUUUUUUUAUUUUAUUUAAUGGAUUAUGUAAUGGUUAUAUGGAAAAUUUGUUUAGAGAAAAAUUAUAAAGAACCAAUCAGAUAUAUGGUAUCAUUUGUGCAUUUCAUGUUUGUUUUUCAGUUACAUAUUUUUAACGAGCUAGUCAAUGUUGAUAAGAUUGAAUUUUUACUGAUGUUGUUGCAAAACACAAUAAUGGAGUAUAUGGCAGUAACAAAAGAAAUAAAAGUUUUUGGAUACAUAGAUGAAUUUGUUAUUCAAAAGUGUUUAGAAAUUUUAAAUAUCAUUGUAAGUUUAUCUCAAGAAAAUACACAAAUUGUAUAUAAAAUUUCCUUAUUUCUGGAGUUUAAUCAGAUUUUGAUAUUGCUAAAUCCUUUGCAUAAUUUAUUAUUCAUUAAAAAAACAUUGAAAUUUUUAAAUAAGUGUAUUCUUUUAAAUUGUAUUCAGUAUACUGUUAAAAAGGAUGACUUAAUAUGUUUUUCUGAUUAUUUUUCGAAAAUAUUAGAUAUUGUAAGUAGAUAUUUAACUGAAAAAUAUGAAAAUUAUGAUAUAUUUGAGCGUAUGGAUUUAAAAUUGGAAACUGUUAUGUUCUUGAACACUAUUAUAUCAGCUUCUGUGAAUGGAAAAGAUCUUCUUAGCUUAAAUGUUGUUGUUGUGUCACAAUUAUGUCGUUGUUUAGCAGAAUUGAUAAGUUUGCACGAUACGUCUGAAAUUUCUAGACAAAGAAUAAAUUUGAUUCAAUCUAUUGUAUUUAUUCUUCAUGAAAUUAUUUCACCUAUCAACAUAUCUUUGCAUUUUGCGCAGCCAUGGACUCGAUAUGCGUACAUUGUUUCAAUGACUCGUUUAAGUUUUGCUGAGGAUGAAGACGAUCAUGGAAAAGAUAUAUUUAAUGAUAGAACUAUAGAAUUUGCUAGAGAUCUUCUUGAAAUAGUUGUGGAUUCAGAAGAAGGCAAUGAGUUGUAUGGUCUUUUUAAUAUUUCCAAUUAA